GCCGUUCCCUCCUACGUGGUUGUAAACCUAGUCGCCAGCCAACGGCAUUGACAGGGUGAGCAGAAGAAGGCAUGGCGAAACCCCAGAAAAAUUCAAAACCACAUGGAUCUUCAAAGCGACCAGGAAAACAUGGCAGUAAUAAUCUCAAACCGAAGACCAAAUCGUCAAAAAAAGUUAAAAAAACCAAGCCCAAAGCACCGCUGCAGCCUCAGCCGCAGAAGUCGCAGCCACAGCUACCUCCGCCACCUGAAUUGUUGACAACAGCUUCGCAGCAGCUGGAUUUUUUCAUACAGCAGUAUCAAUCAGCAAAUGGCAUACAACUUUCGUCUCUCGAACUUGAAUCAUUUACAGAUGCGUGUAUUGUGAAACUAUCUGAAAGUCUACCUCAGGAUGUCAGUAAUUUAAGUGAACAUAUGAAAGCUUCCUUUGGACCAUCUUGGAAAGAAGUCUUAUGUAAAAAAGAGCUCAAACAUUCUGAACCUGGGAGUCCUGCACUACUUACAAUUAGUUUAUCUGCCUUAAGAUCACUGGAACUACUCAGGAGUUUGAAGCCUUUUACUAAAGAAUGCCAUGCUGCAAAACUUUUCGCAAAGCAUUUGAAGAUUGAAGAACAGGUUUCCUGUUUAAAGAAUCAUGUCAAUGUUGGUUGUGGCACACCAAGCAGGAUCAAAAAGUUAAUUGACAUGGAAGCAUUGGGUCUAUCACGGCUAUCAGUUGUUGUGCUUGAUAUGCAGACAGAUGUCAAGGGAUAUUCUCUUUUUAGCAUCCCCCAGAUCAGAGAUGAGUUUUGGGAAUUGUACACAACACACUUUCACCAGAGACUCCUAGAUGGCAGUCUUAGAAUCUGUCUUUAUGGUACAAUUGAUGCUAACAAAUUCAAAAAAAAGAAGGGAACAACAACAGAGAUACCAAUGAGUGACAAAUCGUCUUAAUCUGAUAUUUUUUAAACAUCAUUUUUAGUGGAUUCUUAGAGGUGAGGGUUGAUGAUCAUGAAUAUUACAAGGAAUGCGAAGAAGAAAUUAUACACAGAGGUUUGGUUCAAUGUAGAUCAAAAAUCUUGAAAAUAGAGGUCAAAUCCGAAAACUAAAAAAGAAAUUGAAGGGCAUUUGGUUCUUGACACUAUUAGGUUAUGCAAUCAGUUACCCUAAUAUAUGGUUUGUAAUGUGUCGUAUUCACUACCAACCCUCGAUUAAAAUUUUGAUAAUUUUUUAUUCCAUGGUAUCCUAUAAGUAUAAACACUAGUGGACUAUUUCCUUAUAUUAUUAUUAAUUUUUCUUUUAGCUUAAAAUGGUCUAUGUUUUGUUAUCCAUACAAAUAAUCAAUCAUGUUAUCCUUGACAAACACAAACGACUUUUUUGUUUAUUUAUAUUAAUUUAUAAAAGUAAUUAGAACACCAGAUAAUAAAUAGGAAUAAUUUUUUAUGUGACAUUAAAUAUCAAAAUAUUUUAUAAAACAUAAUUUCUAAAUAUCAUAUUUAACAUAUUUAGCCGCAUUCGUUAACUUUAAAAUAAAAAUCAUAUUUGCUCUUUACAGACUUCCAAUAAGUCAAUUAGAGUCGAUCAUAUUUGUUCUAGAAACUUGGUAACCCUGUUUCAGUCGUGGCUUAAUAUAUGUACAAAAAACUUUACAUCUGAUGUAAUCCUUUAGCAUCUACAUGAAUCCUCCUAUGAUGAUGAAUGACAGUAGGCCUGGUCAUCUGUAAUCGUCUAAAUGAUCCCCCACUUGACAACAUUAAAACAACUUCUGACAUGAUUGGUCUUAGAUUAGCAGGUGACUGAGUGCACAAUAAAGCAAUCUCUAUCAUAUUCAUCAUAUUCUCUUCUUCAUACUCAUUUGGAUCUAAAGCCUUAUCAACCAGCUCAAUAUGCAUCCCACUCUCAUACAGCUCCCAUGCCUGUUCACCAAUUUAUAAUUAUUGCAAACUCAAAACUUACAACUUAUAACAAUAUGAUUUUUAAUUAAAACUAUUAAUCAAGUAUAUAAGGAAGUUUGUAUAUUACAUGUUCAAGGAGGUAAUUAUUUCCAUGUGGAUCUAAGUUGACAGCAGUCCCCCUCCGACCACUGAUGAUUUCAAGGGCCACAAUGCCAAAGCUGUAUGUGUCAACUUUGUCUGAUAACUGUCCGUGGGUUGCAUACUCUGGUGCAGUAUAGCCUCUAUAUUGCAUUUGUUGUUCAAACUUAAAAAAAAAAAAAAAAAAAUCCAAAUCUAGAAAAAUUAAGAAUGGAGCUAUAUAUGUAAUGAACAAUACUUACAGUGUCCCAGCAAACAGGGUGCUAACAUGACUUUGAUCCUCGGGUUGAUCCCUAGCCAACCCGAAAUCUGCAAUUUUUGGUUGAAAAUUAUCAUCAAGGAGAAUGUUGUUUGACUUUAUAUCUCUAUGAAUGAUUUUAACAUGAAAUUCUUCGUGUAGAUGCACAAGACCCCUAGCAAUUCCAACCAUAAUGUCAAAGCGUUGUUUCCAAUUCAGAGUUCCUCUCUUUUCACCUGUCCAUGGAUAAUUUGUAAUUAAGAAUAAGAAUAUUUCAAGGCGAGUUCUUGUAAUGUGAUUUUCAAAUCUUACCCCAUAAGAAUCUGUCAAGGCUGCCUUGUGGCAUGUAUUCUAGGACAAGAAGUACUUGAGGUCCAUCACUAGACCAUCCAAGUAAUUGCAUAAGAUUUCGGUGACGUAUGUUGCUUAUAAGCUUAACUUCAUUGUUGAAUUCCAAUUUUGAUUUACCAUACC